AUGAAGAUGAUGUUGUCUCAUUUUUAUGUCUUGUAUUACCCAAUCUUAAGACUUAAAUGUAAUUCAUCAGAUGAUAAAAUUCUGAAGCAUGCUUCUGGCUCUUCUACAACAUGCCCUGUACAUUAUCAUCAUCAUUUGCACAAACAACUUAUGUCUCAACCGCACGCUUUAUGUGUAAAAACUACUGCACAAAAGUUCGUAACGAUUCUCACUUCUUCUUUACCUCACCACAAUAAUUUCCCAUAUGGUUUUCAUUCACUUAAUGAUUUUAUUACGCGUUGA